GCCGUUGGACUAGAAUCUGAAACCGCGUCGCGGGAGAAUUCAAGUCUGAUCGCUGGAACCCGAGCUGCCAUUGCUCGUACUGCUGCUGCUACUAGUGCUACCUGCUGCCUCAGGGCAGGCCUGGUCAAACUUCCCAGUCCGGUCGCAUCCCAUUCGAGCCAGCCAAGCCUCCACGCCUUCGCCGCAGCGACGUGCGCGUGCGUCGGUCGCCUCCCUCCCUAGCUCUGUGCCUGUGCGCGGCGGGGAUGGCGAUGGAAAUGGAGGACGCGGCGGUCCCGGCGCUCGCGGUGGUGGACGCGCGGUUCUGCGCGGCGGACGCGGCGUCGCUGGCCGUGGCCAAGGCGCUGAGCAUGUCCGGGAGCGACUUCGCCGUCACGGACGCGGCCACGGGCGCGCUCGUGCUGCGCGUCGACGGGGUGCUCUUCAGCCUCCGCCGCCGCUGCGUCCUCGUCGAUGCCGACUGCCGGCCCGUCCUCACCGUCCAAGAAUCGGCCCUGAUGCUGAGCACGCGGUGGAAGGUGUUCCGGGGCGACAGCACCAGCCGCCGGGACCUGCUGUUCACCGUGGUGAAGCCGUCCGUGAUCCAGCUGCGGGGGCCGACCAAGGUCAGCGUCUUCCUCGCCAGCAACGACGCCGAGCAGGCCUGCGACUUCAGGAUCACCGGCAGCUACCACGACGGCGCCUGCGCCGUCUCGCUCGGCGACUCCGACACCGUCAUCGCCAAGAUCGACCGGCGGUUCAGCGUGGUGAGCGCGCUGCUGGGGAAGAACACGUACAGCGUCACCGUCAACCCGGGCAUCGACUACGCCUUCAUCGUCGCGCUCGUCGUCAUCCUCGACGAGAUGCAUUACCAGAGAUGACGCGCUUCAGUUUCCGUCCCGAGUCACCCUCAGGCUUCAGUCAUUCUCGAAAAAAAAAACCAUCAGGCUUCAGUUUCGCUGCUCCCCUGUUGUGUCUUCCUGAUCGGGCUCUGCAAUUUUGAUCCCAUUGUUGGUGUUCUGCUGCUCCAUUUAGGGGUUUCUUGUGAGAUGUGGGUGAUUCAUGUCUUUGCCCUUCUGAUUUUCCGAAGGUUGUGAUGUUGUCACAACGAUAAGCGAAAAAUUAAGAUUGAAAUUCGCGUUGAGAUGAGGUUAAACCGCACUUGACA